AUGACCCGGUUCCUAUGUUCCGGUCGCAUCCUGGGUGGCACCGCCAUUCUGCUGUCCACCAUCAUUAUUUUGAUUGUCUUCGUCAACCCCCCACAGACCCGAAUUCUCCACAGUUCGUCCCCUCAAACCACAACCCCCAAGCACAAUUCGUCCGCCCCAUGGAACUCCGGUGAUGUGCGAUGCAGCAGCGGAGUGCCCGACACCUCCCACAUCCAGGUGGUGGUCAAGACAGGCUCGAACAUCAUCUACGAUAAGCUGCCCACGCAACUGCUCACAGCCUUGCGAUGCUGCCAAGACCCGCUGAUAUUCGCCGACUCCGAGCAGGACAUCGGCGCCUACCAUGUCUACGACGUGCUGGCGAACGUCAAUGAAACGCUGAAGGCCACGCAUCCCGAUUUCGCCUACUAUCGCACCAUCAAGGAGUACUUGUCCGCGGGCCGGGACAUCCGGCAACUCCGCACCUCGCGCCAGGCCGCCUGGGACCUGGACAAGUACAAGUUCAUCCACAUGCUGGUGCAGACCUGGGCGCGUCGGCCCGGCCACGACUGGUACGUGUUCGUCGAGGCCGACACGUAUCUCUUCUGGGGCAAUCUCGUGCAGUGGCUGGCGCGGAUGGACCCCGCCCAGCCGCUCUACCUGGGCUCGGCGGCGACGUUCCAAAGCCAGAAGUUCGCCCACGGAGGAAGCGGCGUGAUCCUGUCGCGCGAGGCGAUGAGGCGCGUCCUGGACGGUGAUGCCGAUCUGGCUGCGCGAUACGACGAGCGCAUGCACGACGAGAUCUACGGCGAUUACGUGCUCAUGAAAGCCCUCAAGGAAAAGGGCGUCGAGUUGACCAAUAAAUGGCCCAUGAUGCAGGGCGAGAAGCAGAAUACGCUUCCGUUUGGGCCCGGCCCGAAUUCUGGGUCCCGGCAUGGGUGUCAGCCGUUGAUUACCAUGCAUAGUGUGACGCCGGUGGAUGUUAAUGAGAUGUGGAAUUACGAGCAGCGUCGGAAACAUCCGCAGGACCCGCUGCUUAUUAGUGAGCUGUAUGACUAUUUCAUGGGUCGUGCGCUGCCCUCGGAGCGCGACAAUUGGUAUAAUCUCUCCGAUGACUUGAUGUUCCGGGCGCCCGGGGUUGAAGGGCAGCGACAGAAGUCGCCCUCGGAGAUGACCCCCGUCGAGAAGGAAGCGUAUAGCUCUUUUGAGCAAUGCCAGAAGGCAAGCGGUUGCGUUGAUCUAAGCAAUGACCGUGUUGUGCCGUUGACGCAGUUGGCUCCAGAGGUCUCAGAGACAAGUCACGAUAAGCGAGAUACUGUAGCUGCUCCGGAGGCCAUUAUAGAUGACCAUGGCCCACGUCCCCUUAAGCGAAGAAAGACCGUCAGUGGUCUUCGCUUGGCUCCGCAUAACCAGGACGCUGCCAUUGCAGGGGCUGAAUCUCAGAUCGACGGCUAUACAGCACCAGAUUCAAAUGGGAUGACUGACGAUGCUCAAAAGUCGUCUGUUCGCCAGGUACAUAGCGACACUAGGUUUCCCCAACGCAAAAACCCAAGCAAAGAUACAUCUGCUCCAGUCCUAGAACCAACUUCAACCGACAAACUCAUCGCGGGUAUCUGGAGACAAGUGUUUUCACCUGUCCAACUGAGCCGAUUCCAUUCAGUCAUAGAGCCCGGCAUAGACAUCCGAACUGGCGUUAGUGGAGAGGUAUUCCGCGCAGUCAAUACCCUAUGCUUGAAAUACUAUAACCAAAGUCAGUCCUCGCGCGCGCUUGAGAUGAUAGUGCAAGCCUACUGGAUUGAAUGUUACGAAGCUCGUAUCGCUGUUCUUCGCUUAGAAAACCCUAACCUGUCGGCUAUGGAAAUCCGGAUGAUGGGCUUGAGGGAGGCAUGUGCGGUUCUCAACUGGAAAGAAAAGGAUCUGCGGAACCGAAUCGCUAUCUGGCGCGGAUACAAAGAAAUCAAAGAUGCCGGCGGUUGGGCCAGUUUGAUAUUUGCAAGCGCCGGGGUAUACCGCUUCUGCAAAUACCGUACUGGUUUUGGAGAAGGGUUCUCCACGCGCCUCCGACAUAUCCGAUCUAGUCUGGAGGUCGCCGCCGAUACGCUGCACCCGGACUGGAGGGAUCUUCUCCAGGUGAUUGGGCAACAAGAGACACGGCAGUACCACGGCCACCCACACGAAUGGGUAACAGUAACAGGAAGACCAGCGGUCCCCUUAAUUUCAACAUACGAGCAUCUUCAGCUACCAAAUGGCUUCCACUACCGUUUUAUCGAUGAGUGCGUGCUUGACACUGCUGCUUUUGGCACAGAGGACCCUCGCCGGGUUCCGGAAAUAGAUUCGGAUGUGUGUGUGGUGUGCAAAGAGAGGCAGUCCGAUGAGAUCGAGAAGAAUCAUUGCUCAUGUUUCCCCACACUGUUUGGGGGCGUGCGAAACCCAGUACCAGUACAGCUGUUCCAUACAACCAGCGGGAAGAACAACGGGGUCAUAGCUCGCAGUAACUUCGACCGUGGCAUCGCCAUCGGUGAAUUCACGGGUCUUAUCACAAAAGGCAUCGAGGGCGUCGACGUAAUGCUUGGCGGCAGUCGCACGAGAACGUACCAGAUCUUCCAAGGGCAGAUGGGCAACUUCACGCGGUUCAUCAACCACUCUUGUCGUCCAAAUAGCCAGUUUCAACGAUUCUACUGGCGGGGAAAGGAACGCAUAAUUGUCGUUUCACGAGGAGUGACGGCGGGAAGCGAGAUCACUGUUGAUUAUUCAGAUCAUUAUUGGAAGCAAUUGAGCAAGAUAUGUCUUUGCGGGGAGCCAUGCUGUCGAUUUCGGGAGAGAAGAUAA